UGGGCUUCAAAUAUAUUUUGAUGCAUACUAAUAUCGUGUAUUUUAAAAAAAUAUCAUUAUUUAUAGUUGUUUCCACAUUGUUUGUUGAAAACGCCAAACUCGGAGUACAAACAAAGAACUAAGAUGAAAUUUAACCCUUUGGAUAUUGUAAUUUUGUCUAAAUUCUCAUAAUUCAAGCGUAUUUAAACAACACAAAGGGGGAAAAGUUUCAGCUUUCAAAAAAGAAAAAGAAGUAUAUUUGGUGUCAUGUCAGAUGAUUUUAUAAUUGAUCAACAUGAAAUUGAAUUUACACAGAAAACACAUAAAACUAUACAAAAUGAUCUACAAUUGAAAUGGUAUUAUUUAUCACCUGCAGAGAUUUGGGCUUUAGUAUUAACUUUUCUCUACUAUAUAUUAAUGAUAUGCUUCGGAGUUAUUUGCUGGUUGAAUGCUCGACGUCGAUAUAAAAAUAGACAUAAAAGUACAAAUGUUAUAUCAUGGUCACGAUUUCAUAUCAGUCCAAAUCAAUUGCAUAUUAAGUAUACAAAUGAUGAUGGUGAUUCUAUGGGAAGUUAGUCAAUUAAAUUGACAAAUAAUAUAAUCAUAAUCAUAGUAGUAAAAAUGAUUGUAAUAAAUUGCAUGCAUAGUAUUGUUUUCGGUUUGAAACUAUAGGUAGUUCACUCUAUCUAAUGCUUGAGAUGUAUGGUUUUGAAACAACACAAUUUUUCAACGUUAUUCAUUUUGAAAAACUAUUUUGUACAAAUUUUUAGUAUUCGUUUUACUGACCUUUGUUUCACAAUGACAAUAUUAAAGAUAUCAG